AUGGACGCGGGCGGGGUCCGCCCAGGUGGGAUCCCAGCGCCCCAACAAAGGGCCCGGUCCGGGCACCCCGGGGGUCGAGGCCCGCCCCUCGCCGCCUCCAUUUUGGUCACGGGGACCCCACGGCGGCCCCGCGCCGCCGCCGCCACCACCUUUGUGUGCCGCGGCGGACCCCGAACAAUGCGGCACCGUCGGGGGGAGCGAAGCCGACGAAAGUUUGCGGGGCGAGUUAGGAGCGCUCCGCCCGGCGCCGCCGCCGCCGGGGCCGCGGGGUCUCACCUCGAUCUCGAAGUCGGGCAGGCGGAAGGCGGUGCGGAAGAGCGAGCAGAAGUGCGCGAUGGCCGGGACUUCCCACCAGGAGCGAAGCUCGUCCAGCGCCGCCGCCCCCGCCGCGUCCGUGCCGCCGCCGGGCGCGGCGCCGCGAGCGGCCCCCGCCGCCCCCCGGGCCGCCGCCGCCGCACCCGUUGCUGCUGCACGGCCCCCCCGGCGGACGCGGGGCCGGGGGACGCGGGGCCGGCGGCCCCCCCCCGCGGCGGCGACUUCGCCUACGCGCACCUGGCCUGGCUCAUCUACUCCAUCGCCUUCACGCCCAAGGCGGCGCUCAUCCUGGGCACCUCCAUCCUGGAGCUGAUCGAGCUGCGCCUGCCGCUGGGCACCACCGGCUUCCGCAUCACCCUGGCGCUCUCCGCCCCGCUGCUCUACUGCCUGCUGCGGGCCAUCGGCGCCGAGGGCUCCGGGCAGCUGCUCCUGCCCCCGCAGCCUCCGCCGCAGCACCGCGCCGCAGCCGCCUUCCUCGCCACCUGCCUCGAUCUCCUCGACAGCUUCUCCCUGCUGGAGCUGGUGCUGCAGCCCAGCCGCCCCGCGCCGCUGCCCGCCCCGCUGCGCUACCUCCUCAUCGCCGUCUACUUCCUCUGCUUGGCCUCGCCGGUGCUGUGGCUCUACGAGCUCAGCGCCGCUCGCCCGCCCGGAGCUGCACGCCUCGCCCUCCACCUGCUGCUGCCCGCCGGGCUGCUGGACGCGCCGCUGCUGGCGCUCCGCUGCCUACUGCUCCUGCGCUACCAGCAGCCGCUCUCCCUCUUCAUGCUGAAGAACCUCUUCUUCCUGGCCUGCCGUGGCCUGGAGGCUCUGGAGACCUGCUGCCUCCUGCACCCCACCUCCACCCUGCCGCCCUCCAAGUAUGGCUCUGCUGCCGGGCCCCCCACCGCCGCCCCGCUGGGCCACGGGCUGUCCGACGUCGAUGUGGGCCCCCAUGGUUACGUCAAUGCGCUGGCUGUCACUGCUCAGGGCUGA